UUGACUACCACAUAACGUCAACUUCGUGGAUCAGCUGUCGAGUGUUUUCUGUGGUUGCAGUAAAGUGGAUAUUAUGUCUAGUCGCCUCUUCCGCCUGUAAAUUUAUAUGCAAAAUAGUUUCCGCUAAUAUUUAAAGAAUGCUGUGUUGACUACAAACAUGUCUAGGAUAAUGGGAAAGGUGCAAUGGCGUUGCCGCCAAGCGCCGAAGGCUUUUCUAGAUAAAUGCCGGACUCGGAUGUGGUAUUUGCGGCUUUGCGUCCAGUCCCUGAUGUACAAUAGUCACCUAAACCAAAGCUAUGCGAGUGACGUUUGCAUGGAGCCAAUCUUCUGGGUAGUGGACAAUUACACGCAUUUACUAGGACCGUUUUUCGUGACGGCCGUGGCAUUGUUGACGGCGGCCGUUGUUUACAUCGCAUAUUGGAUCGGGUUGCCGUUCUGGUGGAAGAAGAGUCCAGAGUUCACAAUGGUGCUUGUCGUUUUUGGGAACUGGCUGCUUGUGAACGUUGUCUUCCACUAUUAUAUGGCAGCGUUCACACCACCCGGAUAUCCGCCGGAGGGAAGAUUCGUGAAAGAGGCUGUUAGCAUGUGUAAGAAAUGUAUUCAACCCAAACCACCGCGCACACAUCACUGCUCCGUGUGCAACCGAUGCAUAUUAAAAAUGGAUCACCACUGCCCCUGGCUCAAUAAUUGUGUUGGUUUCGCGAACCAUCGAUACUUUUUCCUGUAUAUGGUUUACACGACAAUUGGAUGCAUAUUUCUUAUAAUUUUUGGACUGGAGAUUGGCUAUAAUUAUCUUUGGUUGAAUGAAGGCGAAGGAUGGCAAGAGACUGAACCGCUUCAAGGGCAUUCUGUGAAAUAUAAUUUAACAGGACAUAUAAUACCAAUUACACCAAUUCAUGAAUACGAUGAUCAUGACGUCCUGCCAGCUAAACAUGUUCUUCCCGUACCUGAAAAUAUACAUGGCUACACAAUGAAGCGCCGUGCUAUUAUUUUCAUGGCAUUCACCAAUGUACCGGUUAUAAUUGCCCUGGGCGCUCUUUCCCUUUGGCAUGCUCGUCUUAUAACACGAGGGGAGAGUAGCAUCGAAUCACACAUUAAUCAAUCUGAAUCGAAGCGCUUCGAAAAAAUGGGUCGGACCUACGUAAACCCAUAUAAUUUUGGGAAAUUGAAAAAUUGGAAACUUUUCUUGGGGCUAGUUAGAGGAAGGUCAUGGUGGAGACAUGUCCUCUUACCAUCUAGUCAUAAACCUGAAGGCAAUGGUUUAACUUUUCACACAGUCCAUGACACAGUUGUGGAAAAAGAUGACUGGCCUUGAAUCAGUAAACAUUCCAGAGACGGAUAACGUUAAUUAGUCAAUUUUUAUUAUUUUCCCAGUGAUAUUAUUUUAAGUUUUUACUUAUAUUUCUUGGAACGUACAUAAGGACACUAAGCUUAAACGAAUUAAAAGAUUGUUUUUUAAAAUGAGGGACAAACACGAUGUGUUUAUCCGCAGUAGAUAUUGAUAUUUCCGAAGCUAGAUGCUUCUUGUUUGAUGAAUUUACAGUCUCGGCAAUGGAAUUUUCAUUUAGAUUGUAAGUGCACUAAAGAAGGGGAUAUCCUGCUUCCAAAACUACGAUAUCUGAUAGAUCAGGCAAACAAAAAGUUCAAAAAAUACUAAGCUUAAUGUAAAAUGAUUGCUAAAAAAUAAAAUAAAUGAAUUAA